AUGGCAUAUGCAGAAACCUUCCUUGUCAUAGCAGCAAUAAUCCUUCCUUCGAUACUUGUUUCCUCUCUCCCUGUUGGCUCUGAACACGGAGAGUUCCUGGCUCUGGAUCUUGGAGGGACCAACUUCUGUGUGCUCCGUGUGAGAGUAACGGACAAUGAGCUCCAGAAUGUUGAGAUGGAGAACCAGAUCUACGCCAUCCCUGAGGACAUCAUGUGAGGCUGUGGCACUCAGCUAUUUGACCACAGUGCUGAAUGCCUGGCCAACUUCAUGGAUAAGCCCCAAAUUAAAGACAAGAAGCUCCCAUUGGGCUUUACCUUCUCAUUCACCUGCCACCAGAGUAAACUAGAUGAAAGUUUCCUGGUCUCAUGGACCAAGGGCUUCAAGUCCAGUGGUGUGAAAGAAAACGUGGUGGCUCUGAUCUGGAAGGCCAUCCAGCAGAGAGGGGACUUUGAUAUUGACAUUGUGGCUGUGGUGAAUGACAUGAUUGGGAUCAUGAUGACUUGUGGUUAUGAUGACCACUGUGAGAUUGGUCUCAUUGUGGGCACUGGCAGCAAUGCCUGCUACAUGGAGGAAAUGUGCCACAUCGACAUUGUGGAGGGCGAUGAGGGGCGGAUGUGUAUCAACAUGGAGUGGGGGGCCUUUGGGGACGAUGGCGUGCUCAAUGACAUCUGCACGGAGUUUGACCGAGAGAUGGACAUGGGCUCACUGAACCCUGGGAAGCAACUGUUUGAGAAGAUGAUCAGUGGGAUGUACAUGGGGGAGCUGGUAAGGCUCAUCCUAGUGAAGAUGGCCAAGGAAGAGCUGCUGUUCCAGGGGAAGCUCAGCCCAGAACUGCUCACCACAGGCAGCUUUGAAACCAAAGAUGUCUCAGAUAUUGAAGAGUAUUUUGCCAAGCGUCUUCACAAGGCUGUAAGUCGGCUGUUGGCUGAUUGCGUCAUUCACUUCCUCGGCUCUGAGGGUGGCAGCAACAAAGGGGCAGCCAUGGUGACUGCGGUGGCUUACCGACUGGCUGAUCAACAAAGAGCCCACCAGAAGACCCUGGAGCCUCUAAAACUGAGCCAUGAGCAAUUUCUGGAGGUCAAGAGAAGGAUGAAGCUUCAAAUGGAGCAAGGUCUGAACAAGGAGACACACUCCAUCUCCCCUGUGAAGAUGCUGCCCACCUACAUGUGUGAUACCCCCGAUGGCAUAGGUCUUGAGUUUGACCUGGACGUGGUGGCUAUGGUUAAUGACACAGUUGGAACUAUGAUGACCUGUGGCUAUGAAGACCCUCACUGUGAGGUUGGCCUCAUUGUUGGCAUGGGUAGCAAUGCCUGCUACAAGGAGGAGAUGUGCAACGUGGAGCUGGUGGAUGGAGAAGAGGGGCAGAUGUGCGUCAACAUAGAGUGGGGGGGGCUUUAGGGCAAUGGAUGCCUGGACGACUUCCGCAUGAAAUUUGACAAGGCUGUGGAUGAUCUUUCGCUCAACCUGGGCAAACAGAGGAGCAAAUCCUUUCUUCCUCCCCCAGCCAUCCAGCGUCAAGCACCCUCUCUUGCCAGAACUGCUCAAGGGCCAGCAUCACAAAGCUCCAUGAGUGGUGGUGGUGGUGGUUGGUUUUGCCAAAUCAUGCAUGAGACUGUGAAGGACCUGGCCCCCAAAUGUGAAGUGUCCUUCCUGGAGUCAGAGGACGGCAGUGGGAAGGGGGCUGUGCUCAUCACUGCCGUGUCCUGUCGCACCCGUGAGCUUGUAUUGGAUAACAUCAUUUUCCUCUAUGCCAAGAAGGAGGAAUGGAAGAAGGCUGAAGAACAACUCGCACUGGCCACCAACAUGAAGUCUGAGGCCAGACACUCCUUGUCAGUACAAGGCGAUGGAAAGUGUUUGGCUGUGCUGGAUGACAUCCCUGGCUGGAUCAGCUUUCUGUCCUUCACUUGGGAUGCUCAAGGGUGCUGCAGUUCACACAGUUGA